UAGUGUAUAAACAAGGACUACAUUUCCCACCCUCCCUGGCACACCAGUACAGUCUAUGACAAUACGUAUGGAGGUCUCCAGUCGCCUGCAUCUGCGUUCUGCACUUUACACGUAGAGGACAUGUCCUCAGCAUGAUUGUGUACGUUAGAUUUAACUCCAGUCAUGGCUUCCCACUGGAGCUGGAGGAAGGGGACAGCAUCGCCAAGCUGAAGGAGACCGUGGGCCGUCUGCAGGGCAUCCAGGGGGAGCACCUCAGGGUCAUCUUCGCCGGCCGAGAGCUACGCAGCGACUCCACCCUCCAGGGAUGCGACCUCCCUGAACAGAGCACGGUUCACGUGGUCUUCCCCCCCCCGGGCUCGGCCCGGCGCUCUGAGCUUGUCCUGCAGCACCGCCUGGGCCGGGGGGUGGACAGCUUGACCCGUCUGGACCUCAGCGCCUCCCGCCUGCCAACCACCUCCACCGGCCUGGCUGUCAUACUGGAGACAGAUGAGCACAGGGCCAGAGAGCUGGCUGAAGAACAUGCAGGACCCCAGCCUCACAGCAGUUUCUAUGUGUACUGUAAGAGCGUGUGCGGGGCUAUCCAGCCUGCGAAGCUCCGUGUGCGCUGCAGCGUCUGCAAGCAGGGAACUCUCACCCUUAGUCGGGGUCCUUCCUGUUGGGAUGAUGUCCUGUUGCCUGAACGUAUCCAUGGAGUCUGUCAGUCAGAGGGUUGCCAUGGCAGAAUAGCGGAGUUCUAUCUGAAGUGUGCCACCCACCCCACCUCAGACGACGCCACGUCGGUGGCCCUGGACCUCAUCAUGCCAAACGUCCGGGCCGUUCCCUGCAUUGCCUGCACGGACGUCAUGAGCCCAGUGCUGGUGUCUCAGUGUCCAGACCGUCAUGUCAUUUGUCUCGACUGCUUUCACAUGUACUGUGUGACACGCCUCAACGAGAGACAGUUCAUCCACCACCCACUCAUUGGCUACUCUCUUCCAUGUGCAGCUGGUUGUCCUGACUCUCUCAUUCUGGAGGUUCAUCAUUUCCGGGUCCUGGGUGAUGAGCAGUAUGACCGUUACCAACGCUACGCAGCUGAGGAAUGUCUGCUCCAGAUGGGCGGGGUCCUGUGCCCCGCCCCCGGCUGUGGGGCCGGCCUGCUGCCCGAGGAGGACAGGAGGAUGAUCCAGUGUCAGCUUAGCAAUGGCCUGGGCUGUGGGUUUGUGUUUUGUCGCGACUGCAAGGAGGAGUUUCACGAGGGGGCGUGUCGAGUGAGGUCAGCUCCUGUCUCGGGUGUGGCCCUGCAGGGCUACGUGCUGGAUGAGGAGGCGGCAGCGAGGGCCCGUUGGGAGCAGGCCUCCCAGGAGACCAUCGAGGAGACCACCCGUCCGUGUCCUGCCUGCAGGGUCCCUGUGGAGAAGAAUGGUGGCUGUAUGCACAUGGUGUGUCCCCGUGCCCAGUGUAAGUUUGAGUGGUGCUGGCUGUGUCAUGUGGAGUGGAACAGGGAGUGCAUGGGCAACCACUGGUUUGGCUGACUCAACAAUGGAUCUUUGGGAAGGUCGUUGUUUCUCGGGAAACUCAAAUCGUUCGAUGUAACACUACUCACUUGUGCGCGCACGAUACUUUGUGUUGUAAAAAUCACAAUAAAGCUGUGUCUCCUGACCUAUCAGAAA